AUGGAGCUCAUAGGACUGGAGACCCUUUUGCUGGUUCUGGCUAUUUCUUGCCUUUUCAUCUACUCAACAUGGGACAAACUAUACAGGAAACGAAACCUUCCCCCAGGACCAACUCCACUCCCCUUGAUUGGAAAUUUGCUUAAAAUCAAGAGGGGGGAAAUGGUGAAAUCACUUAUUGAGAUGGGGGCUCAGUAUGGUCCUGUGUACACAAUCUACUUUGCACAUCGUCCAGUGAUUGUCAUCAAUGGCUACAAGGCAGUGAAAGAGGCCCUCAUUGACCAAGGAGAGGAGUUCAGUGGCAGAGGGAAAAUGCCUUCAGUGGACAAAAUCUUUGAUGGGUUUGGGGUUGUGUUUAGCAAUGGGGAGCGCUGGAGACAACUUCGUCGCUUCUCACUUAGCACUCUGAGGAAUUUUGGCAUGGGGAAGAGAAGCAUUGAGGAAAGGAUCCAGGAAGAAGCACAGUGCUUAGUGGAGGAGGUCAGAAACUACAAACAAAAGCCGACAGAUCCAAGGAAUAUUCUUGCUCAAGCCGUCUCCAAUGUCAUCUGUUCCAUUGUCUUUGGGAAUCGCUUUGAGUAUGAAGACAUGAAGUUUCUGAAGCUGCUUAACUUGUUUAAUGAGUCUUUCCUACUGUUGAGCUCCACCUGGGGGCAGCUACAGGAAAUAAUUCCUACAGUUAUGGACCAUAUUCCUGGACCCCAUCAGAGAAUAAAUCCAAUUAUUGAGACACUGCUGGAAUUUGUGUCUGAGAGAGUCAAAAUGAACCAGGCUACAGUGGACCCAAGUUCACCCAGAGACUACAUUGAUUGCUUCAUCACCAAAAUGCAACAGGAGAAUAAAGACGCCACUUCUGAAUUUAACAUGAAGAACUUGCUGAUGACUGUCCUCAAUUUAUUCUUUGCUGGGACAGAGACAGUUGGUACAACAUUAAGACACGGAUUCCUCAUCAUUCUGAAAUACCCAGAGAUACAAGAUAAGUUGCAUAAGGAAAUAGAUUGCGUGAUAGGCCACAACCGAAGCCCAAACGUUGAGGACCGGAGCAAGAUGCCAUAUAUGGACGCUGUCAUACAUGAGAUCCAGAGGUUUAGUGAUGUUAUCCCUAUAAAUGUCCCCCACACGGUCAUCAGAGACACCACAUUCAGAGGAUUCACCAUUCCAAAGGGCACUGAUGUCUUUCCUCUGCUGUGUUCCGUCCUGCGAGACCCCAGCCAGUUCACCACACCAGACAAAUUCAACCCUGGACACUUUCUCGAUGAGUCUGGGUGUUUUAAGAAGAAUGAUGCUUUUAUGCCAUUUUCCACAGGUAAACGGAUUUGCCUUGGAGAAGGUUUGGCCCUCAUGGAGCUGUUUCUUUUCCUCACCACCAUCCUACAGAAUUAUACACUAACUUCAGAGACUCAAUUCACAGAAAAUGAUAUUGCCCCUCGAAUGACCGGCUUUGCAAAUGUUCCCAUUAAUUAUGAGAUGACAUUUAAACCACGUGUAGUAUAACUCAAAGACAAACAAGUAUAAU